AUGGGUUGUUGCCGGUUCAUUUUAAAUGUGUUGCACUUGGCUGCGUGUUUGUGGGCAGUUCAGGUUGAAUAUGGCGAAGGAUUGACUCUUGGGGCCCAAGAGGCGGUCCGGAUAUACUCGAUUCUCGUGCACAUUGGCGUCGACAAGGUGAUUCUCGCAGGAUUGUACCCUACAAUCACUGGGCUGGACUCAGCGGAGGAUAGGGAUGAUGCAGAUGAUGCUGGUGGUGCUGGAAUAUUUGAAUCCGUGCUGGAAUCGCUGAGUACUACCGCCGGGGAUGGCGCCAACUGGGCUCCUCUUUUCGAUAAAUACUACCAUCUGUAUCCUAUGGGGUUCCCACUAGAUCAGGCGACCGGUCUUACCGAUGAAAAUUACUUUGUGUUGAAUGGUGAUGUGUACAGUAAACCUGAUGACGUCUUUUAUAUGAAAUCGAAGGAUCUGAAGAGGCAGACAGCGGUACCUGAUACUGACAUUUUGAACUCGCGGUUCGAUGUGGUGAUUGGAUGGAACGCGGCGGCCCCGUUGAUUACUUUCUUUGGGUGCCCCUCAUCGCAAGCAUUUAGAGAGUUCAACCGAAAUUUGUUUGCCGAGGCAAUUGGGUCCGGUAAGAUAAGGUUUGUUUGGAGACCCACUUGCUCCUAUCGGGAGGCAACUCCUCUUGAAGUAGAUUUCCCCUUGGAACUCACUUUCAAAAAGGAUGGUGAACACUGGGACAGCAUUGUUCCGUACGUGAAACUUCCAUACGGGCUCUCCCUACCGCAAUCCCUUGAUUAUGAACCAACCGAGGAGGAGCUGGAGGAUUUGGAUAUCAAGAUUGCAUCGUUGAUUGCCAAACAUUAUAGUGGAACAAAGGACUUUGAUGCCACAAUUGAGUACUUCCAACGCAUUGUCAACAAUUUCCCUCUGUUGUUCGAAGAGUUGACAAAGAUGGAGAUCUCCGAUGCAGAAAUCAAUGAGAUAGAAAAAAGUAACCAUGUGUUGGAACAGUAUGGGAUAGAUUACUUCCUCCUAGGGUUGUUUGUCAACGGUCAAAACAUUAAACUCACUUCGUUGGAUCCUUACUCUCUGGUCAAUCUUGUCCAAGUGGAAUACGACCGUUUGAAACUUCUGACAAAGGCACUGCAUAAGGCGAUCCCCGGUUUUGCAUAUCAUGAUGCAAGAAAUUUAGUUAACCUGUUCUCUGAAAUUUCUAUGCCAACUAUGCAAGAGUUGCAACCUAUAAAAGUGGACGCACAUAGGAUUCCAGCAUUCUCUCACAAUGUGAUCUACUUUAACGAUAUUGAAAAGGACGACGUUUACAACGAAUUGCGAAACGAUGCUUCACAGUUCUUUGAAAAGACCAAGUUUGGCGAAAUCCCAGAGUUUAGACAAAACUGGAAUGAACUCGUGUUUGUCAUUGAUUUUAGCAAUCUGGAGGAGGGAACGGUUAAUAGCGAUGCAUUGACCGCUUUGGUAAGAGUUCUGGAUGUUGUAUCACAGGGGUACCCACAAAGACUAGGAUUACUCCCCAUUACUAAUAAGGAAUCUGAAAAGGUACUUUCCACGAUUUACAAAUUGAAAGAACAGAGCUUGAGCCAAUUGAAAGAGUUUUUCGUCGACUUGAUCGCAGAGAAGGAUUUACCUUUGGAUAGCAAGUUCCCUCAUCCAGAUAACUCCGAGUUGUUAUCCUAUUUGGAUAUCGAUGACACCGCUAUCAUCAUCGAUGGUGAAAUUUUCCCCUUCCAGAAAAAUGCCUGGCAUUAUCUUUUGGCCAAAGUUAUCAAACGGGACGUCGAGCAAAUUAAAUUCAAGCUGGAAAGACGGAGAAAAGAGGAAGAUUUCACUACAGGUAAUAUAGACGUCAGGGGUCUUUUGCAUCUGAAAUCUGCAACCUUGAAGCACCACAAGUACACACCAGACUAUUUCUCUGAUGCAUUGUACACUGUUAUGGACAAUGACGCAUUAACAAACUGCGGGAUAGAGUUGUCGAGUACAACCAAAAAUAAGAACUUCAAAAUCUUACACACGAUUUCUUUGGUCGAUGAUUUCGGUACUUUGUCAGCUCUACAAAGACUAUACAACAUGAUUACUGUCAAGUUUUCUGGAGUCCGUGUAAGAGUAAUCCACACAGGCGAAGCUAAGGAUGGGAAUUGGCUUUCUGUGAAAACAGCGCUGGCCAAAUCUGGUAGUGAUAUGAAAAAGAGCCUAAGGAAAACUAUAACGUCCUUUAAACAGCAGAAAAGGCGUUCUUUGGGCGUUAAUCUAAACUGGAUAAAGCAAUGGUUGCCCGAUAUUGCCCUCGAAUUUUUGGAAGCUGGUCGGUUUAUGGUUCUCAAUGGUAGAUUCAUUCAUUUUAAUAAAGACGAGAUUCCUAGCAAAGAGCACUUUGAAGCCAUUGUUAAGAGAGAGGCGCAGAGAACUCUGGAUAUGGUUCGUGCUCUAGAAGGACUAGUCCCUGAAGAUCACGAAGAAAUUUCUGAUCCGAACACUUAUGAAGUAGUGUCUUCUAUUCUUGCCAAGACAUACUACCAUAGUCUGCAGAUUAAUCGUAAAGGGUUUGAGUUUACCACAGAGACGACGUUAAGCAGGUUGGAUUUACAAGGGCAUGUCAUGAUUAACAAUUUCACUACUUUCGAGAGCAAAGACAAAAGUAAACCGGUUCUUGUGACCCUGGUUGUUGAUCCAGUAGAAGAGAGGACCCAAAAAAUUUUGGCUCUGAUUCCCAUGCUGCAAAAUUUGUCCUUUGUUGACAUAGAGAUUGUUCUGCUACCCACUUUGGAACUAAAAGUGGUCCCCAAUCAGAGAGUAUACCUACCGGACAGGGAUGUUCAACUAUCCACUGAUGUCUUGUCAUCCUACGACGUGGAAGUGGAUGUCCCUAAAACGUUUGUUAUGUCUAAUAUUACCACAUUGGAAAGCAUCGUGAUCGAAGUUUACUGCUUCGACAAAGAUAGGAAGUUAUCGCAAGGGAGUGUCAAUAGUAUUGGAGGAGUCUCGUUGGAGUUGUUAGACUCUGCUGGGAUUUCUGUCGGCAAUGCGACUACAAUGGAGACAUUUGGUUACGCUCAGUUUCAUGUCAAGACACUCGCGCAGAACUACACGAUCCGUAGCACAGACCCUCGUUUCGAAGUAAAGGGCAUGUCCACCCAGUUCAAUUCUGAAUUUGUUCUGUCCGAUCGGUUUUCUGUGGACACUUUCGAUCCUGUACGUGUACUCGUCACAUUGGAAGAGCAUGAAGAUGUGGAUGUAAGGGAAGAUGUGGUGGCUAUCGAUGACGCAACAAACGUUUUCACCGUUUUGUCCAGCUUGGAAGAGGAGGAGAUCUACAAGGAUAUGAUCUUGAAGAUUGCCACUUCAAGAAGCGAGAGGAUCGUGUUUUGGCUACUGUCAGAAUCUUUCUACUCGAAGUCACUUUACCGUUUUGUGGACGCUGUUAACAACAACGCGGAGCUGAAUGUCGAAGUUCGGUUUAUCAGUUAUAGCUGGCCGGUAUGGAUAAGACCCCAAAGGUUCAUUGAGCGGAGGACCAAUGUAGCGAGAGUUUUAUUGUUGGACGUGUUAUUCCCAAGGAGCGUCCACCAUUUGGUGUACAUGGCGCCUACAUCAACGCCAGUGGAUCCUGUUCUGAUGCUGCGGUCCACGAUGAAAUCGAAGAGACCCGUGAACAUGUUCAGAAUGAAGGGGAAAGGUUACUGGGAUGAAGGGUACUGGAAGAAACUCAAGGAGGAGACAGGGUUCGCGUUCUAUUCCGCUGAACCGGCCUUUGUAGUACACAUGGACCGGGUCCGCGCUCUCUCUGGAGGGGAAGUGUUCCGGAUCCACUACCAGAGACUGUCAGCAGACCAGAACUCGCUCGUCAACAUCGGCCAAGAUUUACUGAACGAUGUCCAGGGCCAAAUGCCCAUUGGUGCCUUGAAGAAAUCAACUAGAGAACCGUUAGCUUUCGACCAGAGUAAAGUGGACGCGACCUUGCAGUCUAUCAAGGCCGCCGCAGAGGCAGAGGCAGACGCAUUCAAUCGCACGGGAAGUCAGCGCGAGAAAACCCAACAGGCUGGAAAGCAACCACAAGAAGUGCAAGAAGAUGUUGACGAAUUCGACCUGCUCCACGACGAGUUGUAG